AUGGCUUCACAUCAAGAACAAAGUGACUUGGAUAGGAUAAGAGCCGAACUUGAGCAUGUCAAGCUAGAAAAUGCUAGACUAGAACUUGAAAACGAGGUCAGCUGUGAUCGCCCACUUGAAACUGCCGCUCCAGACCAUAGUUCGAUGAGAAGACAGGUCCCCACCGUGGUUGGCUGUAACGUACAGACCCAGACAGACGAACCUAGGGUAAACAAAUGCGAUGUGUGCGAUAUCACAUUCGGCAACCAGGCCAUGAUGUUCGUACACAAGGGUUGCCAUUGUGUCGACACUCCUAUGAAAUGUAAUGUCUGCGGUGAAACAUGCCAUGACUCGAUGGGUUUCUAUAUCCACAUAACCAUGGAGCAUAUUGCCAAAUGA